AUGUCUGAUGCCGGAGAUGUCGCGCCCGUGGUUGUUUCCGUCACCAAUGGAGAUGAGGGCCAUGGAGGUGACGACGGACAGACAGUACCGGUGCGAAAGAGAAGCACAGCUCGAUCGAUAGAGCGAGGAGUUGCCUCUCCGAAAUUAACUCCCGAUGCAAAUCCUUUGAUUCGGCGGGCAACAAGUUUGGAUCUCGACGAUUAUUUUAAAGGACCUCGUGACAUCGAUAGGCAUUCGAAAUGGCCCUUGUUCUUAAGAGUUCACGGCAGCAUCUUGCCCAAGAUGAUCGUGCCUUUGCUGUGGGUUGGCGGCUGGGCGACUUGCAUCACCUUGAUCUCCAAAUAUGUACACGAUUUAAGCGUCAGCUCCGUUCUCCUCACCAUCACCGGUUUCGUCGUUGGUCUCGGCUUGUCCUUCCGAGGCUCGACAGCCUACGAAAGAUAUUCGGAGGGGCGCAAGUACUGGGCGCAAGUCAUGUUGGCGUCACAAAAUCUCGGAAGGAUAUUCUGGGUGCAUUCCAAGGAAAAAGACCCCGAGAAAAGGAAACUGCACAUGUUGCAUGUAAUGACUGCUUCAAAUCUCGUCGUCGCAUUUGCCAUCUCGUUGAAGCACAAGCUUCGUUUCCAACCUUACACCGGAUACGAGGACCUCAGCCACUUAGUUUCCCACUUACAUACCUUUGCCGGCGAGGCAACCAAGAAAGACCCUUCCAAAUCAAUCAUUCCUAAGAAGACUUGGUUCAAAGAGAUGGGGGAAUACCUCGGCCUAUCGUUUGCGGCAAGCAAUCCCCGCAAGACAUUAAAGAAGGCGGAUGCUCCGCUUGGGAACUUGCCGCUUGAAAUACUCAACUACCUCGGCGCGUAUCUUGACAAGCUGAUCGCCGAAGGGAAACUGUCCGUGUCGAUCCAGCAAACUAUUGCCUUUAACAACCUUGCCUCGCUGAAUGAUGCUCUCACCGGAACCGAGCGAGUCCUAUCGACCCCUCUACCAAUCGCCUAUACCAUCGCCUUCAGCCAAAUCACCUGGGUCUAUGUUAUGCUCUUACCCUUCCAACUCUAUGCCACCUUGGAAUGGGUGACAAUUCCUGCAACCAUUGCCGCAUCCUAUAUCAUUCUAGGCCUGCUUUUUAUUGGUCGUGAAAUCGAAAACCCCUUCGGCGAGGACGUGAAUGACUUACCCUUGGAGUCAUAUUGCGAGCAGGUUGCCAAUAACCUCGAUAUAAUCGCAGCACAGUCGAUAGAGCUUGAGAAUCUGCUUUCCCACGUCGAGAGCCAUGAAAAUAGAGUCUUAUUCCCGACGAGCUCAGCACCAUUCACCAGCUGGACUCAACGGAGUGAGGAGAGCCUAAAAGAUGCGAUCAGGGGCAAGCCGCUAGCUACCUUCGAGUCCAAGACCCAUCAUCAGAGUUUUGAUGAAAAGCGGGAGCGAAAAGAGGAGCUCAAAGUUGGAGAGCACGCAGUUUGA